CAAAGGCCUACAAACGAGUGGUGGCCUUCAUGUGUCAUGAUGAGCACACGGCGAAGAAGUUUUAUCAUGCAGACGACCCGGCGGCUGAGGAGUUUAGAAGCCGAACUUUAUCCAUGAUGGCGAUCACCAGUUAUGCUGUCAAGAACCGUAAAAAAGAAGCAGACACCAAGGACCACAGAGCCACAGAGGACACGGAGGAGGUCGAGGACCGGGACGAGGUAGAGGACCGGGACAGUGUGGAGGACCAGGACGACGAGGAGGAGGUAGAGGACAGGGAGGACCAGGAUGAGGAGGAGGAGGACGAGGGAGGAGGAGGAGGAAGAAGAAGAUGAAGUAGUAAAGGAACGGGACACAGAGGAUGAGGUAGAGGACCAGGACAUGGAGGAGGAGGAGGAGAACACAGAGGAGGAUGGUGCAGCUAAAUGCUCCAGACAAGGAGCCUAAAAUGACUAGGCCAAGUUGUCUGAUAAGAAAGCGUCCCUCUAGGUCUGAAGCGGAACAGA